AUGGUGAGCAGCGUCGCCCUACAUGUGGUUGACGUUUUGUCGGCCCUGACGUCGCUCUUGCUCAUCUGCAGUCCGGCCAUCGCCACCUUCCGCAUCUUCCGCCGCAAAGACGUCGGCGUGGCGUCCAUCGUGCCACUAGCAACGCUGUUGGCCAACAGCCACCUCUGGAUGCUCUACGGAUAUACCCUACGCAACUGGUUCCCAGUCUUCUCGGUCUUCCUCUUCGGUGACGCGGCCGGUCUGGUCUACCUCUCGAUCUACUGGCGCUACACGCCCGAGCGCCGCCAAGCUGCGCGAGUUCUGGGCGUGACACUCGCGGUCUUGGUCGUCGCUACAAUUUACGCCCUCCUUGCCGCAUCAGGCCACACGGGACAGACCAGAGCCCAGGCGGGCUCCACCGUGGGCAUCCUCUGCGAUGUCGUCGCCGUGUGUCUGUACGGCGCUCCGAUGGAGAAGCUCUUCCACGUGCUCAAGUACAGGUCGGCCGCCUUCAUCAACGUGCACAUGGUGAUCGCCAGCUUGGCCAACAACGUCAUGUGGUUCACGUGGGGCCUCCUCAAGAGCAACUGGUACAUCAUCUCGCCCAACAUGCUCUUCAUCGCGCUCAACUCGUCCACGCUGGUGCUCUACCUCGUGUUCAACCCCAAGACGCACCCGCUUCCUGCCGACUUCAAUCAGCAGCGCACAGCGACGGAAAAUUCGCGAGUAUCUGCUGAACCCUCGCCCAAGACCACGUUCAGUCGCAAAGCCGAGAUCAACUCCGCCAGUCCGGCAUUUGAAGCCGUGCAAUCCCCUCCAGAGACGCUCGUGUAG